AUGAGUAAAGAUACAGGCACGACACCUUCUUCUAAUCUUCCGUGGGUGGAGAAGUAUCGACCAAAACAGUUGGAUGAUUUGAUUUCACACAAGGACAUAAUCUCAACAAUUCAGAAGUUUGUAACAGAAGACAGGCUGCCACAUCUUUUGUUCUAUGGACCACCUGGUACAGGAAAGACCAGCACAAUUCUGGCUGUAGCCAAGCAGAUGUACUCGCCGAAGGAGUUCAACUCCAUGGUGUUAGAGCUGAACGCCUCUGAUGACAGAGGUAUUGGCAUAGUCCGGGGACAGAUAUUGAGCUUUGCCAGCACAAGAACCAUCUUUAAAAAAGGUUUCAAGUUGGUGAUUUUAGACGAAGCAGAUGCUAUGACCAAAGAUGCUCAGAAUGCUCUGCGAAGAGUGAUAGAAAAAUUUACAGAAAACACUAGAUUCUGUAUCAUCUGCAACUACCUGUCAAAGAUCAUCCCAGCCCUACAGUCUCGCUGCACAAGGUUUAGGUUUGGACCUUUGAAGCAGGAGCAGAUGGUGCCUCGGUUGGAAUAUGUCAUUGCUCAAGAAAGUGUAAAGGUUUCUGAAUGUGGCAUGAAGUCGCUAGUGACGCUUGCAAAUGGAGACAUGCGCAGGGCCCUAAACAUCCUCCAGAGUGUGUCCAUGGCAUGUGACGAGGUGACCGAGGACAACGUCUACACCUGUGUUGGACACCCACUGAGAAAGGACAUUGAAAGUAUCAUUACCUGGAUUCUGAAUAAUGUCUUUUCUGUUGCCUACAACAACACUUUGCAGCUCAAGAACCAAAAAGGUUUGGCCCUGGCAGACAUUGUGACGGAGCUACACACUUACGUCCACAGAAUUGACCUUCCCCUACACGUCAGAAUGCAGCUACUGGAGAAGAUGGCUGAUAUUGAAUACAAUCUGGCAGCUGGAACGAGUGAGAAGAUACAGUUAGCUGCGCUGGUUGCUGUGUUUCAAAUUACCAGAGACCUUUUAGCGAAAGAAGCCAAAUGA